CCCCCCCAGCCCUGCCAUGGCGCCUGCCGGGGUCGCAUCCCUGCCGGUGGCCCUGCUGCUGCUGCUGCCGCUGCCCCCAGGGACGCGGGGGGGCUCCUGGGCCGCCUGGAUGCCGCCGGCGGUGGCAGGGCUGGAGGGGACGUGCGUGGUGCUGCCGUGCCGCUUCGAGUACCCCGAGGAGCUGCGCCCCGCCGCCGUGCACGGCCUCUGGUACUUCGGCAGCCCCUACCCCAAAAGCUACCCCCCCGUGGUGGCCCGCUCGCGCCCCGCCGCCGUCCACGAGAGCUUCGCGGGGCGCGCGGAGCUUUUGGGGGACCCGGGGCUCCGCGACUGCUCGCUGCGGCUCUCGCGGCUCAGCCCCGAGCUGGCCGGCAAGUAUUACUUCCGCGGGGACCUGGGGGGGUACAACCAGUACAGCUUCUCCGAGCACACCACGCUGGAGGUGCUGGCCCGCCCGGUGCUGGAGGUGCCCCCCGAGGUGGUGGCGGGCGCCGAGGUGGAGCUGCGCUGCCGCGUCCCCGACAACUGCCCCGAGCUGCCCCCGCUGCUGGGCUGGGCGGGCGCCGAGGGGCCCGGGGCGGCGGGGCGCGAGGUGCGCGAGGAUUCGGGGGGCGCCCGCGUCCUCCUCGGCCUCCUCCGCUUCCGCCCCCGGCGCGAGGACGGCGGCCGGCGCCUGGGCUGCAGCGUGGCCUUCGCCAACGCCUCGCUCGCCUUCGAGGCCAGCGUCGCCCUCGACGUGCAGUGUGAGCGCCUGGGGGGCGCCUGGGGGCGCUGCCGGUCUGGGGUGGGUUGGGGGUGAG